UCCGAGAAAUAGAGCGUUGCUUAUAUCACUCUCUCACCAACUCCGUCAUCACCAAACCGCCAAUCAGUCGACCUCUCCUUCUCUCUCUGAAAGCUCCGAGCAAUCGUCGCCGUCGAUCAAGGAGCCAUGGCCUGUAAACUAAAUGCGACGUCGUCUCAGUGGAUCGGACAGCAGUCCUUCACCCAGCGCAACGGAUCAUCGCGCCUCGUCUCCGCUCCUCGCCGCGUCUCCUUCCCGAUCCAAGCCAAGGCCUACACCGACGAGCUCGUCCAAACCGCUAAAACUAUUGCAUCGCCUGGACGUGGUAUCCUUGCCAUUGACGAAUCCAAUGCAACCGCUGGAAAGAGAUUGGCAUCCAUCGGCUUGGACAACACCGAGGCUAACCGUCAGGCUUACAGGCAACUUUUGUUGACCACUCCUGGACUCGGAGAAUACAUUUCUGGUUCAAUUCUGUUUGAGGAGACGCUGUACCAGUCGACAACUGAUGGGAAGAAGUUUGUGGAUGUGCUGCGUGAGCAGAACAUUAUGCCUGGAAUCAAAGUUGAUAAGGGUUUGGUUCCCCUACCAGGAUCAAACAAUGAAUCCUGGUGCCAAGGAUUAGACGGAUUGGCUUCAAGAUCUGCUGAAUACUACAAGCAAGGUGCUCGUUUCGCUAAAUGGCGGACAGUUGUUAGCAUUCCAUGUGGUCCCUCUGCUCUUGCAGUUAAGGAAGCUGCAUGGGGACUUGCACGUUAUGCUGCCAUCUCUCAGGACAAUGGUCUUGUGCCCAUUGUGGAGCCUGAGAUUCUUCUUGAUGGAGACCACCCAAUAGAAAGGACCCUUGAAGUGGCAGAGAAGGUCUGGGCAGAAGUUUUCUACUACUUGGCUGAAAACAAUGUGGUGUUUGAAGGAAUCCUCCUUAAGCCAAGCAUGGUGACCCCAGGAGCUGAACACAAAGAAAAGGCUUCUCCAGAGGCUAUUGCCCAUCAUACAUUGACAGUGCUUAAAAGGAGAGUCCCUCCUGCAGUUCCUGGAAUCAUGUUUUUGUCAGGAGGACAAUCUGAAGUAGAAGCGACCCUCAACCUUAAUGCAAUGAACCAGAGCCCCAACCCAUGGCAUGUUUCCUUCUCGUAUGCUCGUGCCCUGCAGAACUCCGUGCUGAAGGCAUGGCAAGGACGUCCUGAGAAUGUAGAAGCUGCACAACAGGCACUUUUGAUAAGAGCAAAAGCAAACUCCUUGGCUCAGCUGGGAAGGUACUCUGCUGACGGUGAGGCAGAAGAAGCCAAGAAAGGAAUGUUCGUCAAGGGCUAUACAUACUAAGCCAUAUUCUGAUGCAGUUCAUGCCUCCAGCACUUGAAGGUGUAAUUUUCCGCAAAUUUUUUGGUGUUAGAUAAUGUAUGCUGAGGAGACUUGCUACAAAAAAAACUUUUUCAUUUCUUUUCCCUCACCACAGAAGACUUGAGAGCUUGAAUAAGACCGUUGAGAAAGGGCAUGUUUAAACUGUAACUUGUAACGAUGGGAGUAGUGAAAAUGCUUAUGUUUCUCAA